GCUGGUGGUCAGAGGGCUUUAGGAGAGCCGGUUGGAAUGUCUCAGAGACCCUAGACAGUUGGAGAUCUGUCAUGCAUCUGGCAGAUUUCUGAGGAUGGAAGCAGCUUCCUUAGACAGCCCUUCAGCUCACAAGCCUUGGACUACAUUUCCCAGCGGGCUUGCUUUAGGGCUGGUUGUGAGUAAUAGGGCGUGUCUAGGAAGAGAAGCCAUAGUACUUCAGCAGCGCUGGGGCAUCUUGCUCCGCUGCAGCUGCGCCGGCAGAGAUGGUUGUACUCCUGCUCCUGCUCUUCCUUCUCCCCUUUCUCCUGUACGUGACUGCGCCCCAAAUCAGGAAAAUGCUGUCUAGUGGGGUGUGCACAUCUACUGUCCAGCUUCCUGGGAAGGUAGCUGUAGUCACUGGAGCUAACACAGGAAUUGGAAAGGAGACAGCUAAAGAGCUGGCUCAAAGAGGAGCCCGUGUGUAUUUAGCUUGCCGGGAUAUGCAAAAGGGGGAAUUGGUGGCCAGAGAGAUCCAAGACAUGACAGGGAACCAGGAGGUGUUGGCACGGAAACUGGACCUGUCUGAUACAAAGUCUAUUCGAGCCUUUGCUAAGGACUUCUUAGCACAGGAAAAGCACCUCCACAUUUUGAUCAACAAUGCAGGAGUGAUGAUGUGUCCCUACUCUAAGACAGCAGAUGGCUUCGAGAUGCACAUGGGAGUCAACCACUUGGGUCACUUCCUUCUGACCCAUCUGCUGCUAGAGAGACUGAAGGAAUCAGCCCCAUCAAGGGUAGUAAAUGUGUCUUCCUUGGCACAUCACCUGGGAAGGAUCCACUUCCAUAACCUACAAGGCGAGAAAUUCUACAAUUCAGGUCUAGCCUACUGUCACAGCAAGUUAGCCAACAUUCUUUUCACCCAGGAACUGGCCAGGAGGCUGAAAGGCUCUGGCGUUACCACAUAUUCUGUACAUCCUGGCACAGUCAAAUCAGAAUUGGUUCGGCACUCAUCUUUCAUGAGGUCGAUGUGGUGGCUUUUCUCCUUCUUCAUCAAGACUCCUCAGCAGGGAGCCCAGACCAGCCUGUACUGUGCCUUAACAGAAGGUCUUGAGAUUCUAAGUGGGAAUCAUUUCAGUGACUGCCAUGUGGCAUGGGUCUCUGCCCAGGCUCGUAAUGAGACAAUAGCAAGAAGACUAUGGGAUGUCAGCUGUGACCUGCUGGGACUCCCAAUGGAUUGACUGGUGGUAGUUGGACCCCAAAGAAGACUGCAGCUGAAGAUACAAUGCUCCUGACAAAAUGUUUCUCCUUCAAGGUGGCCAAAACCUGAAGCACAAAAAGAACAAACCUUCUGGCCUAGCCUACGUGGUAUCCAGUUAAAUUCCAGUACACUGCCAGACUCAUGUUAAUACCUUGCAUUUGUCCAGACUUACUUUGUUCUUGUUACUACCAGUUUCUAGCAAUAUCAUUGGAUAAGAUAACCUCAUAAGACCUGUACAGCUCAUAUUUUCCUUCUGAAACCUACUCCUACUUAAGAGAAUCUAAGCUCUGGAAGGUUGAUGUUUGGAAAUAUGGAAUAGUCUACCUUCUUUGUUCACACUGUAAUUCCUCCCAAUCAACCAACCUUUACUUAAGGGAGGCACACUGCAACCUCAGCUGAAUCGAGUCACAGUGGCUUGACUCAAAAGCAGGGCUUCAUUGCACCAACACUGGGAUUCUUUCAGGAAAUCCUUCACUGAAUCUGGAUUAUGGCCCAGCCUUAUUUCUCACAACCUAAAGCCACUGCUGUUAAGAUAUUUACCCAAGUCCAAACCACAGAAGAACUUCCUUUUCUAAGAAGUUUGUGGUAUUUGGGGGAGAGCAGAAAUUUUUUAAAAAUCAACAUGUCAUUUUCCUACCAUGUAUCAAACCAGUAAGGGGGUAAUGAAAAUAGCAUUAUUAAACAACAGGCCACUUGGCUAUACUGACUCCA